AUGGAGAUUAUUCUGAAGCAGGCGCAAAAUGAAGGGUGGAACAUUGGUGCAGUAAUCACCGAUAACGCCGGUCAAUGUGGUAGAGCUCGGCGCAUCUUGGCUUUACGAUGGCCUAACGUUACGUUUCUUUUCUGCUUUGCACAUUGUAUCAACAACAUUGUCAAAGCAGUGUUAAAGUCAUCUUUUUCUGGGAUUGCCAAGGAGGCAACGGCAGCCGUUAAGUGCCUCAAUGCGUCAUCAGCUAAGUGGCUUGUCCGAGCUAGAGCCAUGAUGGAGGAAUGCUACGACAAGCCGCUAGCGUUGUUUACACUUUGUGAGACACGAUGGAAUAGUAUGCAGAGUUGUUUUGCCUCAUUAUUGAGAGUUCGUACUGCGCUGGAGAUGCUAAGCAUCAAGUACCGUGGCUAUAAAGAUUACCCUAGCUCGCUGAAGGUGUUCAACGAUUCAUCAUUCUGGAGGAAGCUGACAGAGGCGGAACAAGUUAUUGCGCCAUUAUCGGAGUCAUCAUAUCGGCUCCAACGCGACGAGAACACAUUGGCAGAUGUCGUUUUAUCAUUUCGUGAUAUUUUUAAUCACGCUGGGAACAAUGUGAACAGCCACUGCUCAUGUUGA